AUGACCUCGAUCACCUACACCGCGCGCCUCGCCUACACCACACCAUCCUCAGACUCAAAGCAGUCAACCGCAGCCUCUGCUACCGGCAAAACCGUUUCUCUCGACUACGAAUCCUACCUCCCCACCCCCACCCAACUCUCUAACCGCCGCACCGAAGUCCCCAUCGCCUCCCUCGUUGUCUGUCAUGGACUCUUCGGCUCCAAACAGAAUUGGCGUUCUCUCGGACGAGCAAUGUCCCAACGUUUCGGAAUCCCAGUCUUCGCCCUUGACCUACGCAACCACGGAACCUCACCCCACAUCGAUGGCUUGGCCUACUCAGAUAUGGCUUUGGACGUGAUUGAGUUUAUGAAGUCUCAGAAGUUGGAGAAUGUUGGGUUGAUCGGUCAUUCUAUGGGAGGAAAGGUCUCGAUGUCUGUUGCAUUGCACCCGGAACUGCCAGAGGGAAUGUUAAGGAACUUGGUCAGUGUUGAUAUGUCAGCGAAAAGAGGUCCAUUAUCGCCUGAGUUCGAGAGGUACAUAGAUGCAAUGGUUGCGAUUCGGGAUAAACCUUGUCGGUCUCGCACUGAGGCAGAUGCAAUCCUGGCUGAGACUGAGCCGGAUUUGGGCGUCCGUCAGUUUCUCCUAACCAACCUCACCCGUCCACCGAAUACGGAGAAUUGGACUUGGAGGAUUCCCAUCGACCUUAUCCGUAAUAACAUAGCUCAGAUUGGCGAUUUUCCCUAUAACCCACCAGAUGCUCAACCGGACGAGCUGGAGGGGGCGAAACCCGAUGCGCAGGAGAGAAGCUGGGCAGGGGAAACGCUGUUUAUCAAAGGCAGUAAGAGCAAGUAUGUGAACAGGAAGAAUAUUGGGACGAACAUGAAGUAUUUCCCGCAAGCGAAGUUGGUUCACAUGGAUACUGGGCACUGGUGUCAAGCAGAGAAACCGGGAGAGUUUGUUGAGAAGGUAGAGGAGUUUUUGGUAGGGAAAACGAAAGAUGAGACGGGAGAUGCGAUGAAGCCUCGUUCCAAAGCCUGA